AUGGUCAACUCCUGUUGUGGCUCUGUCUGCUCUGACCAGGGCUGUGGUCAAGGCCUCUCCCAGGAGACCUGCUGUCAACCCAGCUGUUGUCAGACUACCUGCUGCAGAACCACCUGCGGCCGCCCCAGCUGCUGUCAGACCACCUGCUGCAGGCCAACUUGCUGCGUUUCCAGCUGCUGCCGCCCCUCCUGCUCUAGUUCCAGCUGCUGUGUUUCCAGCUGCUGCCGCCCCAGCUGUGUGUCCAGCUGCUGCAGGCCCCAGUGCUGCCAGUCUGUGUGCUGCCAGCCCACCUGCUGUCAUCCCAGCUGCUGCAUUUCCAGCUGCUGCCGACCCUCCUGCUGUGGUUCUAGCAGCUGUGGCUCCAGCUGCUGCAGGCCAACCUGCUGCAUCUCCAGCUGUUGCCGCCCAGUCUGCUGCCAGACCACCUGCCAUCCCAUUUGUGGCCUCUCCCAGGAGACCUGCUGCCAACCCAGCUGCUGCCAGCCCACCUGCUGCAGAACCACCUGCUGCCAACCCAGCUGCUGUCAGACCACCUGCUGCAGGCCAACCUGCUGCAUUUCCAGCUGCUGCCGACCCUCCUGCUGUGGUUCUAGCAGCUGUGGCUCCAGCUGCUGCAGGCCAACCUGCUGCAUCUCCAGCUCAGCUGUGGCUCCAGCUGCUGCAGGCCAACCUGCUGCAUCUCCAGCUGUUGCCGCCCAGUCUGCUGCCAGACCACCUGCUGCCGCCCCAGCUGCUGUGUGUCCACCUGCUGCCGCCCAGUCUGCUGCCAAACCACCUGCUGCCGCCCAACCUGCUCUAGUGCUUCUUGCUGCUGAGCACUCUGACCUGCGUCCACCUGCUUUUCAUCAACCAAUUUCUUGUCAUCCACCUGUGAGCUGA